AUGAUGUCAAACACAGCAGACUCCUCACCACGAGGCUCCAACUCGCCCUCACCCUACCCGUAUCAAGGCCGCCCCAUUGACAACGGUCUUGGUCCAUCCUCACGCCGCAGCCUCAUCGACGCCGAAAUGAAUGACCAAGAUGAAAACCGUUCCGCCUCCCCCGCCGACUUCCUCUCCCGCACCCAUCACCACCAUCACCACCAUCACCAUCAUCACCACACCACCAUCCCUCGCCCACCCGCUUCCCCCUCCAGCACAUCCCAAUCCGACGACGGUGGUCCACCAGAAGACUUUGCCGAUCUCGCCUCCGUCGAAGACUCCGACACCAAAACCAACCCUGGUCGCAAUUUCGACCCCGCUGCAGUCCGCCUCUCCCGUCGUGGCACCCUCAUCCCCGCCUCCCCUACCUCUUCCAACGGCACUUGGAUAUUGCAAGCCAACGCUCCUCUCAGCACCGCUUCCAACCUCCCGCAUGAGAUCCUGUUGCACAUCUUCAAAUACCUCGUCCUCUAUCCACCGGAUCUGCUCAACUGCUUGCUCGUAUGCAAGUCAUGGUGCUUGAACGGCGUCGAGUUGUUAUGGCAUCGUCCAGCACUCUUCAAGAUCUCGUCGCUGUUCAAGUUGGUAGGUGUGAUUAGGAAGCCAGAACAACUUUUUCCUUAUCCCCACUUUGUCAGAAGGCUCAACUUUACACUCUUGGCGAACCAGUUGGAGGAUCAACUCUUUCUCAUCAUGUCGGCCUGUACCCGACUCGAGAGGCUCACCUUGGCCGGAUGUGCUAACAUCACAGAUGCGACCCUCGUCAAGGUCUUCCAAAACACCCCGCAAUUGGUCGCAAUAGACUUGACCGACGUAGUCGACCUUUCUGACGCUACACUCAUCACCCUCGCCCGAAACUGCCCAAAGGCGCAAGGCAUCAACCUCACCGGAUGCAAGAAGAUCACCAGCAAAGGUGUAGCAGAACUCGCGAGGAGCUGCAAGUUGUUAAGGCGCGUAAAGCUUUGUGGAUGUGACAAUGUCGACGAUGAAGCAUUGAUCAGUCUAACGCAAAACUGCCCGGCUCUCUUGGAGGUCGAUCUGAUCCAUUGUCCCAAGAUCAGCGAUAAAAGUGUUGGCGAGAUUUGGCAAAGAAGCUAUCAGAUGAGGGAAUUCAGGUUGGCUCAUUGUACAGAGUUGACCGAUAACGCUUUUCCUUCCGCUAGGCGUACUACCGCGCUUCCCAUGUUAGCAACCAGUCAUAGUGCCAGGCUUGCAGGUGCGAGUGGCGAUGGUGCCGAGACCAGUAAUCGUGCUAGUCCUGGUGCGCAGGUGUUCAUCGGUGCCAGGGAUAACGGCUUGACAAGAACACUUAGUGUGCCGAGUGAAUUGGGUCACAGUAGAAUGUUUGAUCAUUUGAGAAUAUUGGAUUUGACCAGCUGUACUUCCAUUAGUGACGACGCAGUGGAAGGCAUUAUCGCCAAUGUUCCCCGACUCAAGAAUCUCGCUCUAACCAAAUGCACCCGGUUGACGGACGAAUCGUUGUAUUCGAUCGCUAAGUUGGGUAAAAACUUGCACUACCUUCAUCUUGGUCACGUAUCCAACAUCACCGAUCGGGCAGUCACCCAUCUCGCCCGCUCUUGCACUCGUCUUCGCUACAUCGACGUAGCUUGCUGUCCAAACCUUACCGAUCUCUCCGUCACGGAAAUUGCCCACAACAUGCCCAAACUUCGCCGCAUUGGUCUAGUCAAAGUGAUCAACCUCACAGAUCAAGCCAUCUACGGCCUGGUGGAUCGCUAUAACUCGCUGGAACGAAUCCAUCUCUCCUACUGCGAAAACGUCUCAGUGCCCGCAAUCUUCUGCGUUUUACAACGAUUACCGCGAUUGACCCACUUGAGUUUGACAGGAGUACCAGCAUUCAGACGGGCCGAGUUGCAGGCCUUCUGCAGACAGCCUCCGAAGGAUUUCAACGACCAUCAGAGGCAAGCCUUUUGUGUCUAUUCAGGAAAAGGCGUUGCAGAUUUAAGAAAGUUUUUGCAAAGAGUGUACAGUGAUGAACACUUGGCGGUACAGUUUGGACAACUCGAACCUCGAGCUAGAACUGCCUUGGAAGAGUUGGCUGGUGUCAAUGCCAAUGGCAAUGCGGAGGCGAUGAAUGCGGGUGGUAGAGUUCAGGUUGUGAUUCCAGCACCUCCAGGAACAGGGCCGCAGCGAAGACAGCUAACCAGGGCGGAACAACUCUACUAUGACCAGCAGCGACAUUUGGUUCACCAUGCCAAUGCCAGACGAGCCGCACACGAUACGGCCUUGUUGAAUGGGCCUCUUUUGACAGAUGCAGCCAGGAGGCAAGCUUUGGUCGAUGCUCAGGAGCACAGGAAUCCCGGUCUACCGUUGGUAGGGCAAGAAAGGAUCCCUUGGAAUGCAGGCGCAAGAGACGCAGGAAUAGCAAUGAUGCAAGACGUUCCCCAUGCAGACCAAGGGGUAGAGAUGUAUGGUACUCCAGAUGCAAGUCAGGAUUUAUCUGCACCUCGACACGAACAGCAACCUGCCCUUUGGCCACCAGAAGCGCAGCAGUGA